GUGUUGAUGGAGUCGAAGAAGAUAGUUGUCUUUGGCAGCGUCGUGCAAGAUCUGGUAAGCUAUACAAAAUCGUUCCCACGACCUGGCGAGAGUGUUCGAGGGAACUCCUUCCACAUGGCGAGUGGUGGCAAAGGAGCGAAUCAAGCAGUCGCCGCCGCAAAACUCGGCGCUACGGUGCAACUCAUCGCGAGGGUUGGCAACGAUCUGUUUGGUCAGUCGAAUAUUGACGAUCUCCGGAAAUCUGGAGUGGAUACGUCAGAGGUCGAGAAGUCUGACAGUAGUCACACCGCCACUGCCACUAUUACCGUCAAUGAACAAGGAGAAAAUGCAAUAGUGGUGACACUGGGAGCAAACAUGGAGCUGAACGAGCAAAGCGCGAACAGACACGAGACGGCCCUGGACAAGGCGGCCUUGGUGAUGACGCAGGCCGAAAUCCCACGUGAGGCGAAUAGACGAAUAUUCGAGUUGGCCAAGAAACAUGGAGUUAAGACGUUUUUCAAUCCUGCUCCAGGAGAGUCGAACCCCGAUAAGGUAAUGAUGGCUCUCACUGAUAUUGUUUGCAUGAACGAAAAUGAGGCUGAACUUAUCACAACCAUUCCACAACACACGCUCGACGAUGCAAAGAAAGCUGCUGCUCAAAUGCUUACCAUGGGACCUCAGUAUUCCAUUGUCACAUUAGGUAGCAAAGGUUGCGUACUUGCGACGAAGGAUGGUCCAGAAAUUGUACAUAUCCCAGUGCCAAAAGUGACAGCCGUCGACACCACGUUAAGAGAUUGUUUUUGUGGGUCUAUGGCCUACUUUGUAGUUUAUGGAGGCCAGAGCAUUAAGGAUGCAGUUGAGAGAGCCGCUCUUGUCGCGUCGCUGUCUGUUACAAGAAAGGGGACACAGUCGUCGUACUUAUCCCGUGCGGAAAUUGAACGCGAACAUCCAAACUUGCUGAGAUGA